AUGUUCCCAUCAUUUUCCCAAAUUUUUAUGUUUAUUUUUGUCAUCACAUUGAUACAACUGGGUGAUACUCAACCAUUAUUGCAGUUGCCGGGCCCUAUAGUUCCAAGUCAAUCAAAACCAACAACAUUUUCAUUGCCAAUUUCAACCGUUCCCAUCCGGCUAAAACCCGAGACAUCCUCAUUGUCUAUUCCAACCUUUUCUGGACUACUAAAACCCAACCCCGAGUCUCUGCAUGUUCCAAUUUCCCAGGAGCUUCCCUCCCUACCAAUUCCAACCUACUCGGUACUGAAAAUGAAAAAGAAAAAGCGUCGCUUUCCACCGUUUCACUUCCCACCAUUUUCACCCUUGGGUAGAAAACGAAAACCCAAAAAACCAUUCUCACCACCAAGUUCAAUCUAUCCGGAUCCUUAUACUCCCCCACGGUUUCAUUUCCCACCACUCUCACCCUUUCGUCGAAAACGAAAACCCAAAAAGCCACUCUCACCACCAAGAUCAAUCUAUCCGGAUCCUUAUACUCCCCCACGGUUUCGAUUCCCACCACUCCCAUCCAUUGGUGGAAUACGAAAACCCAGCAACUCAUUCUCGCCACCAAGUCAAAUCUAUCCGGAACCUCAUACUCCCCCACGGUUUCGCUUGCCACCACUUCCACCACUCUCACCCUUUAUUGGAAGACGGCGACCCAACGACCCAUUCUCACCACCAAGUUCAUUCCAUCCGGAUCCUUAUUCUCCACAAUUUCCAGAUCCAACAAUCCGAGGACAGCCCCAUCAACCCUACCUACCACCCCCAACUUUUCCGGGAAUGACAUAUCCCGAUCCCUCAUUUCCAGUCCCAAUCGGCCGAGACUUGCCACAACCCAUGACACCAUCUAUGCCAAAUCCAACCUAUCCAGGAUUACAAAACCCUUACGCUCCUCCCUUUUCAAAUCCAGUCCCAGUCCGCCGAGACUUACCACUACCCGUGACACCAUCUCUGCCAAAUCCAAACUUACCCGGACUACCAAACCCUUAUCCUCCCUUAUUGCCCGUCCUAAUCGGCCCCGGAUUAACAACGUCCGGAUCCCGCUCUCUACCAGCUCCAAUCAUCCCAGAACUACCAAAUCCCGAGUAUCCCUCCCUACCAGUCCCAACAUUUUCGGAACCAUCAAAACUCGGUCUUCCCUCGUUGAAAAUUUCAAUUAGCCCGGGACUACCAAAAUCCAAGUCACCCUCACUACCCUACCCAGCCUACUCGGGAGAGCCAAAACCCGCCACACCCUCACUUCCAUACCCAACUUUACUGGAAGAGCGAAAACCCAAGUCAUUCUUACUAUCAAACCCAACCUUUCCGGGAGAUCCGAAACCCGAGCAACCCUCACUAACAGACCCAACCUUCCCGGGUGAGCCAAGACCCGAGCCCGCCAAAAGAGAAUAA